ACUGUGAUUGUAUGUCAGUUUCGGUAGGGCCUGCGGUGGAUGCCGGCGUGGAGGGGGAUGGGUGCUUCACGAACGUAAGGAUCCGACACAGAACUGGAGCCCCGUAUUACAUACAGCAGACUAUACCCCUGUAUAAACAGCGACUGUAAAUAUGCAGCACAUUAAAAUAAUUUAAGUUUUUCAGCUUUGGAAUGUUUUUAGACACUCAAUGGAUAUAGGACACGCAAGCAAGAAAGGGAAUUUAACUUUCUGGCAGUGUGUUGGAGAUACUGAGAACUUUUUCCUUACGCUUGGAGAGGAAGCUACUUCUGAGGGCAAAGUAUACAGGAGACUCCGAGGCCGAUACACCGGCCUACUUGCCUAAUUGGAAUUGAUGCUGGGAUAAUACAUUUGCGUCGCCUGUACACAUUUGGAAUGCCUCUUUAGGCCCCCCCCAUGAGCGUCGGCUGUGGGCUGCGGCACAGCGGCGCCCCCCCCCAGGAGACGUCUGUUGCUCUAGACUGGACCUCGUGAUUUUUCUCCCUCGUCCCAUCCUGUUCCUCCUCUCCCCCUCCCCCUUCUCCCCUCCUCCCCCCCCCUCCCACGCGUCGCUGUGCUGGACGUCAUGAGCAUAGUAAUCGCGCUGGGAGUCACCACACCUGAGACGUCUUACUCCGAUAUGGCUGCUGGAUCCGACCCUGAGUCAGUUGAAGCGAGCCCUGCAGUGAAUGAAAAAAACUUGAACACCCACAGCUGUGGGAGCGCACAGAGUCAUGGGUAUCGGGGACUACCAUAUACUAUGCAACAGUCUUCCGUUGUGUGUUGUCAGGAUCACAACUAUGGCGCACCCCCUCCCCCCACCCCACCCGCCUCUCCGCCCUCCCAAACCAUCAUUCCCCGCAUGGAGCUUAACGGCGUGGUGCGCAGCUCCCUUUAUCCCAAAUCCACAGAGGAGCACUCUGCCGACAGCGAGAGCUCCUCUGAAGAGGACGGCUCCCCCUGGUGCCACUGCAGCCUGUCGCCAGACGGGCUGCUCGUCAAAUGUGACAACUGCAGGGAGCUGGACAGGAGGAAAGGAGCUGAGGGCUUGCACAGAAAAACUGAGAACGUUUCCGUUGGGGAGAGCAGCGCCACGGAGAGUGGUGAUGAGGAGGUGUCCCCCUCAGCCGUCUCGUACACGGCCACUCAGCACACACCCACCAGCAUAAAGCUCACGGUCAACCGGGUCAAGAGGAGCAAGUCCAAGAAGAGGAAGAAGAGUGCGGAGAAGUCCCGCGGGACUCCAAAGGAGAAGAAGGUUAAGGCUUUUAGAGAGGGUUCUAGAAAGUCCAUGAGGAUGAAGAACUCCACAUCAGAGGCAAGCGGCGUGGACGAGAACACAGCAGAGGGCUGGGAGAACCGAAUCCGACAGUGGACGGACCAUUACGAGGAGGCUCUGGCUAAUCAGUACAGUGCAGACAUCCAAACGCUGCUCCGCCUUUACCGUGCCGCCUCCUCCACCACUGAGAGCGGUGCCACUACGCCUCCUUCUAGCACAGAGCUGCACGUUGCUAUGGACACCAUCAACCGUACAGAGCUGGCCUGCAACAACACGGUGCUGGGCUCACAGAUGCAACUCCAGCUGGGCCGCGUCACGCGGGUCCAAAGACAUCGGAAGAUCCUUAGAGCCGCCAAGAACCUGGAUCCAGACACGCUCAUCAUCGAGUACCGCGGCAAGGUCAUGCUCAAGCAGCAGUUUGAGGUCAAUGGGCACUUCUUUAAAAAGCCUUAUCCCUUCGUGCUGUUCUACUCCAAGUUCAACGAGGUGGAGAUGUGCGUGGACGCCAGGACCUUCGGUAACGAUGCACGCUUCAUCAGGAGGUCGUGCACACCCAACGCCGAGGUUCGACACAUGAUCUCUGAUGGCAUGAUCCACCUGUGCAUCUAUGCUAUCAGUCACAUUUCUAAGGACUCUGAAGUCACCAUUGGUUUUGACUAUGAGUUCAACAGCUGUGACUAUAAAGUGGACUGUGCCUGUCACAAGGGCAACCAGAACUGCCCGGUGCAGAAGCACAAUCUGAGCCCCAGGGACGGCUUGAUGGUCUCCCCCAACCUUCCUCCCCCAUCUGCUCUUGUUGGAGCUGAGACUCGUCGCAGAAAAGCUCGGAGGAAAGAGCUGGAGGGCUGCGUGGCCUCCGACGCCAACAACACAGCUAGUCAGCAGCUGGAGGCCAAGGAUCAUCUGGGAAGCAGCGAUGCAGAGGAAAAACUCUUGGAUGAGACCAAGUUGGAAGAUGGAGAGGAAGGCGAGGUGGAUGAGGAUGGAGUGAACCUGUCCAACAAAAAAACCUUCAACAACAGGAGGAAGAGAGGAGGGGUUGAAGUAAAGCCUGAAGGUGUAGAGACAGAGAACGGGGCAGGAAAUCCCUCAGGAGGCUCCACGGCGCCUCUUAAUGUUGGAGUGGGGAUCACCACACGAAGAACCACCUACAUUACGGAGCCCCCACCAGUUGAAGAGAAGAGCUGCUUACCGAACCCACCUGCUCCAGUUGUUCCCCCAAAACCCACCAGACCAACCAAGCCUCGACCAAAAAGCCGGAUAUCUCGCUACCGCUCCAGUUCUUCCCAGCGAGCCCGGCGGCAGCGGCAGGCUCUUGCCCAGCAGCAGGCAGCAGCAGCAGCAGCCUUGGCACAGGCGGCGUCCGUCCAGGCCGCUGCUCUCAGUGAGGAGGGAUCUCAGGGCUCACACAGCGCUGAGCACGGCCACGGAGACUGCAGUGUAGUGGGCCAUCACCCAGACGGAGACGGUCAGACCUUAAACAGCUUGAACCGAGGCAACCUCCGGCACCCGAAAACCAAGAAGUACCUCGUGACUGAGUGGUUGAACGACAAAAUCCCAGGAGGAGAUAAAGUUCAGCAUGAAGUGUCUGCUGAGCGCCCCCUGAAGAUCACCACUGACCCCACUGUGCUGGCUACCACGCUUAACAUGCUCCCCGGCCUCUCCCACACCUCGCUCAUCUGCACAGCGCCCCGACACUACGUUCGCUUCGGCUCGCCCUUCAACCCUGAGAGGCGCCGGCCCCGCCCUCUUCAACUUGAUGGUACUUAUGGCUGCUACAAGAAGAGGUGGAUCAAGCAGGUGGAGGAUGAGAGCUGCUCUGCCAGCCUGGAGGACGGCACAGAGUCCACUUCCUCCCAGCAGAGCACCAGCAGUAGGUCCACACCCAACCCACACUGUGCAGAGGUCAGCGCUCCAAUUAAAAAGCGCCGCCAUAAGUACAUCAGUGAGAGGACGGCAGAGCCCUCAGACCACCUGCUCCAACCGCUGUCGCCCAUCACACCACCACUUCCAGGGGACUCCCCUCACCCGCUGCUCCACACACCCUGUGGCACGCUGCUGUCCAAUGGCCUCGUCUUCUCGCCCAUGCCAUCGCUGCCCACCAGCCGCUGCAACACGCCUCUGCAGUUUGAAAACAUCUCCUCUCCUGAAGCCUCUCCGGUUCAUCGGCCCGAGUCGGUCUCCCCUCAGCUGUUUCAGGCUGAUUCUGAUGCCUCCAGGCCUCAGUUCCCAGAUCUGUCCCUCCCCUCUACCCUGGAGAGCCCCGUGGCCACAACCUCAGAGGACUUUUCUUUUCCUGGGGGGGCUUCAAGCCAAGAUUCCCAAGGCCCUUCAUGUGCAGGGACCAGCUCGGCAAACCUGUCAUGUCCUUCCUCUGACCCGCAGAACAGGGAGCAGGCCUUCAGGACAGAGUUCAACCUCAUUUACACCUGCUCCCCCCUCAAUGCAAACCUGGGGGCGCACCCUGAGCGCCGCCCCUCUCAGGUGGAAGGAGGCUUCUCCCCUGCCGACUUACACAGUUCCAUGAGCGGACCGGGGCUGCUGGGAGAUAUGUGCUCGGGCUCCAUGUCCCCAUAUAUGGAGCAUCAUUACGGGCCGGCAUUUAACGAAAGCAGCACGCCGCCACACCCCAGCAACCCCCCUCAGAGGAAAAAGAAGGCCCCCCAGCAUUCCCUUAGUCUGCUGACAGGACAGGCAGAUUUCCCGCCUUUAGGUGUAAGAAAUAUGGUGUCUCUGCUGGAAUACCGGAAGAGGAAGCAGGGCGGCAGCCGUGACUCGGAGUUGGCUGGCAGCAGCUCUUCCACGGACGGUGCACACCCCCGUCCUGGCUCCCACUACAGAAACGACUCCCAUCACACUCAUUCCCAUCAGCGGAGGCAGCCCCCGGCCUCCCCGAACACCUGCGUCAGCACUUCCAACCGCUCCCCCUCCAUCCCUCAGACGGAGGAAGUGGGUCUGCCGGAGCAUCACGCAUCCUCACUAAAACCUAAGCUGCAGGACAGCAGCAGUCAAUGGAUGGUCCCGACCACAGUGGAGCGCCUGAGGGAGGGCCAGAACCUGGAGCGAGUGCUGAGGAACUUCAAAAUAGAGCAGAUCUACAAGAGGAGCGGCUCCUCAGAAAGAGAAGCUGACGCUGAGUGGUUUGAGGCGCAUGCAGCACCUGUGGCCCCCUCCAGGAAGAGUCCUCACAGGUUCAGCCCUUCAGGCUUCUCCCAGCAGGACGGUCAGCAGCAGAGCGACAGCCCUCUCCUCCUGCCGACGUCUCGCUCUCCGUUCCACGCCUCCUACAGCCCCUCAUCAGGGCACAGCUUUUACCCCCUCCUGCCCUCCUCCCACCCAGGACUGUCCCAGGAUCAGCCUCCCUCCUCCAGCCCUACCCCCACCUCCUCAGACUUGCGACAGCCAGCAGGUGGCGCACACCAGCAGGGCAGCAGCCACUUGAAACUGAGCCUGCCGGGCAGCGCCUCAGGGGGGGCUUCCAGAGGACAAGGACAGCAAAUGGAGCAGGGUACCCCGGUCCCUGGAGCGGGGCAGCUAACUCGCAGCCUGAAGGCGGGGCUGCAGGCCAGCUCCACGCCGUCUGCAGCAACACAUUACCCACAGCGGGGGGCGCAACAGUUCCAGCACUCGUCUCUGCAGGGAGCCAGCGUUCGGACGCAGUCGGGUGGUGUGUAGGAAGCCCACGGCUAAAGACUCCUGAGGCUGCAGAGGAGCCAGAACUUCUUUUCCUUUCUUUUCCGUUUGUGUUUUUGUUAAAAAAACUGGACCCCCCCCCCCUACCUUCAGUAGGACUCCAAUCAGUGGAAGUUGUGAUCCUCUUUGGUUAUAAAAGGAAGUGCAGGUAAUCAUGUGUAACUUGAAAUUGUCCUCAGUGUGCAGACAGAUUGUACAGCCAUGGUUGUCGUCAUGGUAACUGGACAAACCCGUCAGGAGUUGCUUUUGUGUUGGGGGGGGGGGGGGGGUGACACUAUGUGCUAGAUUGUCAGUCCCCCACUACCCUCAGCUCAAGGCGUGGGUCUUGUCCUGCUCCACUGAACUGGUUUUGGUUUCCCCUGCUGUACUGGUCAUGCACAGGUCUAAUGGUGCUGCAUCCUUUCCAAGAGAAGUCCACGUCUGCGCACUUUCACCUGCUCAUGACGGAGGCGGGGCUUCACCAGACUGUGGCUUCAUCCGGGAAUCCGGACGUCUGCUUUUUUUCUCUGACCAAUCUUUGCAUUCCACGACUUGGAGUUUGGAGGGGGGGGCAUUCGAACUGUCCACGCACCAAAACGCUGCUACACCCCACUCCCCCUCCCCACUCCCCCUGCCAGCUUCUCCUAUGAUCAGCAGAUGCAGCUCUUUUAGAACUAGACACAUCGUGGACAACCCCCCACCCCCAAACCUCUGACCUGCCACUACAAGCCCCCCCCCAUUCAGGAGGGCCUCACAUGACAUGAAUGUUUGACACGUUAAAGAGUGGAGACCCAAAAUGAACCAGCACCUUAAACAGAAGAUGACCUAAACUCGCGUUGGGAUUUCUCUGAGUGCGCACAGAAAGAAUGUGACGGACAGAUUUUAUUGUACACUGAAUCCACGGUGCUCGUCCGCAGGGCCUAGCCGCCAGCCCCCGUCAGCUGCUUUGGAGGGAGUGUUAUUGGGUUCCUUCAAAAACCAGACACGUUCUUUGUUUUGUAAAAUGUUUCAGUUCUGUUUUUCACUUCAAAGUAGAAACUAUUUCAAUUGUUCUUUCAGAGAUUUAAGAAGCGAGAGAUGUAACACGUUUUGAUAAUAAAAUAAUCAUGAUGUGAA